UGUCGGGGUGCGUGGUCUGCGCGGCGUUCUGUUGUCAGCGUGCAGACCCUCCUACCGCCUCCUGUCCCGAGGCGGGGCCGGUGAAAAUGAGUUCUUCUGUAAGAAGAAAAGGCAAGCCAGGCAAAGGAAGUGGAAAAGGGUCUUCGAGAGGAGGAGGAAGAGGAGGCAGGAGUCACUCUAAUAAAUCUCACGGGGGUGGCAGUGGUGGUAGUGGCAGUGGUGGCAAUAGAAAGGCCUCAAGUAGAAUUUGGGAUGAUGGCGAUGACUUUUGUAUCUUCAGUGAAUCAAGGGCCUCUGCCAGACCUAGCAACAGUAGCAUAAGAAAAGGAGGAGAAGCACACUCCAAAUGGAAGCCCAAAGCCAAAGUGCCCUUACAGACUCUACAUAUGACUUCUGAGAAUCAAGAGAAAGUGAAAGCUCUUCUCCGAGACCUGCAAGAACAAGAUGUCGAUGCUGGAUCAGAGAGAAGCAUUUCUGGGGAGGAGGAAGAUGAUGAGCCUGAUUGUGAUGAUGCACAGUACUGGUCUGCUGGACGAGAAGCUUCCCUUGUUCCCGACUCUGAUCCUUUGGAAUAUGCUGGCUCAUGCCUGGUGGAGCCUCAUAAUCCAGAGUUUACGGUCUCAACAUUUGCCAUGCAAAAACUUUCCAGGUAUGGUUUCAACACAGAGCGCUGUCAGGCAGCCCUGAGGGUUUGUGGUGGAGAUGUGGGGGCAUCACUAGAACAUCUACUCACCCAGUGUUUUUCUGAGACGUUUGGAGAGAGGAUGAAGGUCUCUGAGGCAGUUGCACACAUAAGCGUGGAUGAGUGUGUGGAACAGCGGCAGGAAGAGGCAUUUGCUCUCAAGUCAAUCUGUGGAGAAAAAUUCAUAGAAAGGAUUCAGAACAGAGUCUGGACCAUUGGAUUAGAACUGGAGUAUUUGACAAGUAAAUUCUGCAAAUCCAAGCAAAAGGAAAGUAUCAAAAAUGUACAAGAGACUUCACUUGAAGUUUGUAAAUUUUACCUCAAAGGAAAUUGUAAAUUUGGAUCAAAAUGCAAAUUUAAGCAUGAAGUGCCCCCAAAUCAGAUUGUUGGAAGAGUGGAAAGAAGUGUUGAUGAUUCUCAUCUUAAUGCUGACGAAGAUGCAUCUUUUUUAUAUGAACUUGAAAUUCGUUUUUCUAAAGACCACAAAUACCCCUACGAAGCUCCCCUUGUGGCAUUUUAUUCCACCAAUGACAAUCUACCUCUGGCUUGUCGUUUACAUAUUUCUGAGUUCCUUUAUGGCAAGGCCUUGACAUUUGCAGAAACUUCAGAACCUGUUGUGUAUUCUUUGAUUACUCUUUUAGAGGAAGAAUCAGAAAUAGUCAAUUUACUAACAAAUACCCAUCACAAGUACAGUGUCCCUCCAGUGAACUUUCUGCCAAUAUGCUCUGGGACCAGAAUACAUAAUCCUGUCUGUCAUAAACCAGUGAUUCCAAAUAAUUCUUUUGUUUCAAGUCGAAUUCCAGAAGUUGAAAAAGAAUCAGAACCUGAGGAGGAGACAGAUGAGGAUGAAGGUCCUGCACCAGUUGUAGUGGAGAAUGAAAGCUAUGUGAACCUUAAGAAAAAGAUUUCCAAAAGAUAUGACUGGCAGGCAAAAUCAGUACAUGCUGAAAAUGCUAAAAUCUGCAAGCAGUUCCGAAUAAAACAGGCUUCCAGGCAGUUCCAAUCUAUUCUGCAAGAAAGACAAUCACUCCCUGCUUGGGAAGAAAGAGAAACUAUUCUUAAAUUGUUGAGCAAGCACCAAGUACUUGUUAUAAGUGGUAUGACUGGAUGUGGGAAAACCACUCAGAUUCCACAGUUUAUACUGGAUGAUUCUCUGAACGGACCACCAGAGAAGGUGGCUAACAUCAUCUGUACCCAACCCCGACGAAUCUCUGCAAUCUCUGUUGCUGAACGUGUUGCUAAAGAGAGAGCAGAAAGGGUGGGUCUGACUGUGGGAUACCAGAUCCGCUUGGAGAGUGUCAAGUCCUCAGCCACCAGACUGUUGUACUGCACCACAGGAGUGCUGCUGAGAAGGCUAGAAGGAGAUACAGCUCUGCAAGGAGUCACCCAUAUUAUUGUUGAUGAAGUUCAUGAGAGGACAGAAGAGAGUGACUUCUUGUUGCUAGUUUUGAAAGACAUUGUGUUGCAGAGACCAACUCUCCAAGUUAUUUUGAUGAGUGCAACUUUAAACGCGGAGCUCUUUUCAGAGUAUUUCAAUUCCUGCCCAGUUAUUACUAUACCAGGUCGUACGUUUCCUGUUGAUCAGUUUUUUCUGGAAGAUGCAAUUGCUGUGACAAGGUAUGUAUUACAGGAUGGGAGCCCAUAUAUGCGCUCCAUGAAACAGAUGGCAAAGGAGAAGCUUAAAGCAAGGCGCAACAGAACUGCGUUUGAAGAGGUAGAGGAAGACCUGAGGCUUGGCCUGCACAUCCAGGAUCAGGAUUCUGUCAAAGAUGCAGUGCCAGACCAACAGUUAGAUUUUAAGCAGCUCUUGGCCCGCUAUAAAGGGGUUAGCAAAUCAGUCAUCAAAACAAUGUCCGUCAUGGAUUUUGAAAAGGUUAAUCUUGAAUUAAUAGAGGCCUUGUUAGAAUGGAUUGUAGGUGGAAAGCACUCCUACCCCCCAGGUGCUAUACUUGUAUUUUUACCAGGAUUGGCAGAAAUCAAAAUGCUUUAUGAACAGCUACAGUCUAAUUCUCUUUUCAACAACAGACGUAGUAAUCGAUGUGUUGUUCACCCACUUCAUUCAUCUUUAUCCAGUGAAGAGCAGCAGGCUGUGUUUAUAAAACCUCCUGUAGGUGUGACUAAGAUUAUAAUUUCCACCAACAUUGCUGAGACAUCCAUAACCAUCGAUGAUGUUGUCUAUGUCAUCGAUUCUGGGAAAAUGAAAGAAAAGAGAUAUGAUGCCAGCAAAGGGAUGGAAAGUCUCGAAGAUACUUUUGUCUCUCAAGCCAAUGCUCUGCAAAGAAAAGGUCGAGCAGGUCGUGUUGCUUCUGGGGUCUGCUUCCAUUUAUUCACUAGCCAUCACUUCAGUCACCAGCUUUUAAAGCAGCAGCUACCAGAAAUUCAGAGAGUGCCAUUGGAACAGCUCUGUCUAAGAAUUAAAAUUUUAGAGAUGUUUAGCACUCAUAAUCUCCAAUCUGUGUUCUCUCGGCUCAUCGAACCGCCACAUCCUGAUUCCCUCCGUGCCUCAAAAAUACGAUUACGAGACUUGGGAGCAUUAACUCCAGAUGAAAAACUGACCCCCCUAGGGUAUCACUUGGCCUCUCUGCCUGUGGAUGUGAGAAUUGGCAAACUGAUGCUGUUUGGGUCUAUCUUCCGCUGUUUGGAUCCUGCUCUCACCAUUGCUGCUAGUUUGGCUUUUAAGUCUCCUUUUGUGUCUCCCUGGGAUAAAAAAGAAGAAGCUAACCAGAAGAAGUUAGAAUUUGCAUUUGCAAACAGUGAUUAUCUGGCCCUUCUACGAGCAUACAAGGGAUGGCAGCUAAGUAUGAAAGAAGGUAUGCGUACAAGUUAUAAUUACUGCAGACAGAACUUCUUGUCAGGAAGAGUUCUUCAGGAAAUGGCCAGCCUCAAACGACAAUUCACUGAACUGUUAUCAGAUAUAGGCUUUGUGAAGGAGGGACUCAGAGCCAGGGAAAUUGAGAAAAGGGCCCUAGGGGGAGAUGGUAUCCUGGAAGCCACAGGAGAAGAGGCAAAUUCAAAUGCCGAGAACCCCAAGCUGAUAUCAGCAAUGCUGUGUGCUGCUCUGUAUCCAAAUGUAGUUCAGGUGAAAAGCCCUGAAGGGAAAUUUCAGAAGACCAGUACCGGAGCUGUCAAAAUGCAACCAAAAUCAGAUGAGCUGAAGUUUGUUACCAAGAACGAUGGAUAUGUGCACAUUCACCCUUCAUCAGUGAACUAUCAGGUCAGACAUUUCGACAGCCCCUACCUGCUGUACCACGAGAAGAUCAAAACUAGUCGGGUGUUCAUCCGAGACUGCAGCAUGGUGUCUGUGUACCCACUGGUCUUGUUCGGAGGAGGCCAAGUGAAUGUGCAGCUUCAAAGGGGAGAGUUCGUUGUCUCCUUGGAUGAUGGUUGGAUUCGUUUUGCAGCUGCUUCCCAUCAGGUGGCUGAACUGGUGAAGGAGCUGCGGUGUGAACUUGACCAGCUCCUCCAGGACAAGAUCAAGAACCCGAGCAUAGAUCUGUGUACAUGUCCUCGAGGGUCUCGGAUCAUCAGCACAAUUGUGAAGCUUGUCACCACACAAUAGAGUCCACUCUUAGGAGAGUGCUGGCUACGCACCUGCUUCUUGUUCACCUGGGAAAUAGCAGCGGCAUCUCUACCUCGAACUAAAGCUCCGUGCUGGGCUGGCCCUGAGGAAGGAGCCCAGGGCCUGCACUGCUGUCAGCUGAGGCACCUCCUCCGUUAGGGGAAUUUUCCAGGCCAAGUAUUUCUGGCAAAGCCGUGGGCACUGCCAGCACAAUCAGAGUGUCGUGGCUCAACUGGGAGAAGUUAGAAGAAAAAAAAUCAUGUGAGCAAGAGAGAUUAAAAUUGCAUUUUAGGCUAUUGGCUGCAGAGUAAACUUGAGGUGUGAGGGAUUUUUAUUUUUACUCAUUCAAGGUAAGCCUUAAAAACAAACUUAAUGAGCUCUUAUUUGUCAUUAAAAUGUGAGCUGGUCUCAUCCUUAACACUCUGAUUCUUAAAGGCAGAACAGUCUGGGUGUCUUUAUUCUCCUUUAGGCUUUCCGUCUAGAAAUCUUGACUCUCUUUUCUGGAUUCACCCACGUCUAAUGGCCACGUUUCAGUUACCCACAAGGGAAUGUUAAUGGUGUUCUCAGAGCAGAGUAGGCAUGGUUGAAGUAGAAGAGGCUGCCAUGCUGGUGUCAGAUUUACAGCCAUAAAAGUACCUUCCAUGAGACUGCUCGUUUCAACCACCACUGAGGUUAAUGGGCACUGGCAUUUUGAAAAAAUAGGAAUGCAUUUACAUUUCCCUGGGCCUUCAUCAGGGUGGCCAGGAAGAAUCCCAAAGAACUGAGUGGAAAAAAAAUAUUCUUGUGUUUGUCUAGCCCUCAGGUUUCAUACUAUAGAUAGGAUUCAAACUAAUCGAGAAAAACCACCUCAGUGAAGGGUGUUUACUUUUUAAGAUUUUAUUUUAGUUAAGUUUCCAGGAAACCUCGUAGACUGUCCAAAUUGAUCAUUAUCAGGUGUAUUUCAGCUUCAGUGCACUUAUGCAUAGGACAUACAGUAUCCAAGUCCUGACUUGCUGUUGAAACAAGGCUUAUAUUACAGACGUGAUUAGGCUGGGACAUUUAGAAGAAAUGAAGGCGAAAACUGCACUAAGACUAAAAAAGUUUUUUAAAGCCAGUUUUGACUCAUGGUGCUGUGACGUAGCCCAUGCUGCCCUCGCUAGAGCCAUGGGGACUCAACACAAGUUUGCAGCAGCGCACACAGCCGGGGGAUGGUUAGCAGCAAGACCUUCCACUCAGGGCUGGAAAUUGCUCCCCUCAGGGAAGCUACUCUUGGGCUGGUUACUUGCAGCCACUUACAAAUGCACAAUCCUAUCAUUUUAUACAUGUGCCAGAAUGUGAAAAACGUUGGGACACCCUGACUGAAGGCACAGAAUAAGAAAAUCCUCACCCCCAAAACUAUUAAAAUU